UGUAGCAAAAGUUAUAGUAAAAACAAAGAAUGCCUUCACCUCAAGGUUUCCCAUAACCUUGACAUAAAGUAUAUCCAACCUUAUUGCUAGUGCUAGGGUUUCUACUAAUUAGCACAAUUAUCCAUUUUUAUACUUGGGUUUUUAUCACUAUAUAAUUAUUUAGAGAGGGUGAGAAAAAGGAAAAAAAAAAAAAAAAAAACAUAGACAAAACACCAAACCUCAUAAACAGGAAGAGUUUCUAACUCAUAUACUAUGAUAUAGUCGUCUUCCUAGUAGAUAGAGAUUUAAAAAAUAUAUAUCAAAAUAGUACUUCAAAAGAGAGUAGAAAAAAAAAGUAAAUUUUAUAUAUGAAAUCAACUUAUUCAUAAAUAAGGUGAUUGAAUUCUGGUUUUUUUUGUGGGUAAUUCUAUAGUGGUUGACUUUUUGAUUGAUUUUGGUAAGGAAAGGAAGAAAGAUGGCGAAUCCAUGGUGGACGGGUCAAGUAGGGUUACAUGGGAUAGAGUCAACUUCAUCCGGGAUGAAAGUGAAGCCAGAUCUAGGAAUCUCCAUGGGAGCUGAUCACGAUCAUCACCAACAUCAUCAAGUUCAUGAUGAAGAUCGAGAAAAUAGCGAUGAGCCUAAAGAAGGUGCAGUUGAGGCGCCCUCUAGACGCCCUAGAGGGCGCCCAGCUGGGUCAAAAAAUAAGCCCAAACCUCCCAUUUUUGUGACCCGGGACAGCCCAAACGCGCUUCGUUCCCAUGUCAUGGAGAUAGCUAGCGGAGCUGACGUUGCUGAUAGCAUCGCCAGCUUCGCUAGAAGACGUCAACGAGGUGUCUGUGUCUUAUCCGCAACAGGCACCGUCGCUAACGUCACUAUCCGACAACCCUCAUCAGGGCCCGGAGGGGCUACAGUCGUUGCCCUACAUGGACAGUUCGAGAUCUUAUCUCUUACCGGAGCUUUCCUCCCAGGCCCCGCCCCACCCGGUUCCACGGGUCUCACCGUCUACUUGGCCGGAGGCCAAGGUCAAGUAGUCGGUGGAUGCGUGGUGGGGCCACUCAUCGCCUCUGGCCCGGUUAUGGUAAUCGCUUCAACAUUCUCCAACGCUACAUAUGAGCGACUUCCAUUGGAAGAACAAGAGGAAGAACAAGCGGGUCCGGGCCAGAUGGGUACCGGGUCCGGGUCCCCUUCAGGACAACAACAUCAUAAUAUUGGAGGAACAGUACCAGAUCCAUCUUCUGCCCUAGGAAUGUACAACUUAGCAUCAAAUAUGUUACCUAAUAAUGGAGGAGGAAAUAAUAAUACUCAUGAAGCUUAUGGAUGGAAUCAUGGUGGUCGCCCUCCUUUUUAACAAGAAAUAAUGGGUUUUAUUGAGUAAAUAUUUAUGGGAAAAAUAUAAAUCAAAUGAAGAACACAAAUGUUAUUGUAAUAAAAAAUUAAGAGAAUAAUCAUAGUAUACAAAGUUUUGUGCAAUCAAUGGUUGGAGUAGCCUUGGGCAUCAACAAUCAAGGCAAGCAAUAGACUAGAAUAAGUGUUGGAUGGCUAAAGGGAGCAUUGAGGACCAAGUGACUAGUUGAUCAAGAAAUACGAUUAAUCAGAAGUUCCCAUGCUACAAGUGCUCGAACAAGAGCCGGGUGCCAGCUGGCUCUGUCUCAUUUGUUGUUUUGUAUUGAUACUUCUAUGUUUUUGCCCUAUGCUUUCUUAUAAAUACCACACAAUCGCAUUUAUUAAUGUGCCAAAAGUCUCAUUUAUUAGCUCUCCUUUUUUAAUUAUUAUUCCUUAACAUUAAAUCUCUCUCCUCCAUCAAUCUCUCAAUUGUAAUUUCUUCAAGUUCUGUUGUUUAUCCUCUAAACAC